AUGAGAGAGCGUACGAGGAGGAGGAGGAGAGAUAUACAGAAGCAAUUCAGUUUGAGAAGGUACCGCCUCAAAGCCGAAGCCCUAGAUAUGAUUGAAAACUUCCCCGAUGAAGAUAUCGAACUCCUUCUCAAUCGCCUCCAGCAGGAAUCGCGUUCAUCUACACUCGAUGUGGAAACAAUUCGAAACGUGAUUGAAGAAGCGGCAACAGAUGAAUCAACCACCUCUGUUUAUUCCUUGGCGGUCAUCGACAACGUCUUUCUUGUCCCUAAAUUUCGAUAUGAUGUUGUUAAUAAGCGUUUCAUCGAGCAUGAGAGUAAUCUGCCUGUUCACGGUGAGGCUUCUGCAAAAACAUAUAUAUACAGGGAACGAUUCAGGUUGCUGUCUCAGAGAGUUUCUCGCGCUGAUUCUUUUUCUAGGCCAGUGUUUGAUGCUGAUAUGCUCCAGUAUAAGAAGCGUGAGAUAUCUUCAAUCCAAUCUCUAGCAGUUGAGAUGGGAAAGAAAUGGGUGAUGGGCUUGAUAUUACAGAUGGAAGAUGGACAUUUCUACCUUGAAGACCUUUCAGCUUCUGUAGAGAUUGAUUUGUCCAAAGCAAAGAUAACCACAGGAUUUUUCACAGAGAAUACUAUCAUUUUGGCACAAGGUGAAAUGCACAAUGGUAUCUUUCAGGUGAUUGCAUGUGGAUUUCCUCCUUUAGAGGACAGGGAUAAAACACUAAGGAUACAUCGUGACAACGACUUUUUCGGAUGUGGCAGGCCAACUAAACACGAGAUGAUUAGACUUGCCGACCUAGACAGACUACCGGUGAAUGACACAUUUGUCAUAUUGUCUGAAAUAUGGCUGGAUGACGAAGAGGUUCUCGGGAAGCUGGAAACGGUUCUUCAUCGUUUUGAAAGUGUGGAGACAGUGCCCUCUUUGUUUGUUUUCAUGGGAAACUUUUGUUCUCGCCCAUGCAACUUAUCGUUUGGUUCUUAUUCAAGUCUUAGGCAGCAGUUUGGUAAACUUGGGAGAAUGAUUGGAAACCAUCCAAAGCUAAAAGCAAACAGUCGGUUUUUAUUCAUUCCAGGUCCCCAUGACGCAGGUCCCUCCACAGUCUUACCAAGAUGUGGUUUACCAGAGUACUUAACCGAAGAGCUUCGAGAAGUUAUUCCCAAUGCGAUAUUUUCAAGCAACCCUUGCAGAGUAAAGUUCGAUAACAAGGAGAUUGUGUUCUUUCGGCAAGACCUUCUCUACCGGAUGAGCCGUUCAUGCUUAAUAACCCCUUCCUCAGAAGAAACUACAGACCCCUUUGAGCACCUUGUCUCCACAUUAAUUCAUCAGAGCCAUCUAUGUCCACUACCGCUCUUGGUUCAACCCAUCAUUUGGAACUAUGAUCACUGUCUAAAACUAUAUCCAACUCCUCACACGAUUGUAUUAGGUGACAAGAGUGAGCAAAAGGAUUGUAGAAUUGGGGGAGCAAAAUGUUUCAAUCCAGGCUCCUUUUCAACUGAUAGCACCUACGUAGUUUAUCGACCUUCCACUCAAGAAAUCGAUACACGUCCUUUCAGACAGCAAACCUGA